UGGACGUAUCAACCGCUGCAAUCUCUGCGGUGAACUAAUCCAUUGAAGCUCCUGUGCUUGUCAGAUCUUAUUAUACUAGCUGCUUGACGAAACGCGGUGGACGCACCUCUCGGUGCAAAGCCCCUUACGACCCCGGAACGACCAUCUUAUCACAACAACAACAAAUCCCGCCUGGCAAUCUCAAAGGCAGUCGCAACAAAGGCAAACGUCAAUCAGCGCCUGACUUGGCCCGAAGAUUUGUAUCAAGCGCUCCAUCUUCUGGAAGGGUGCGGUCUCGUUGAAAACAUUCGGCGGACAAACGAAACGCAUUACGCAUUCUCCUCGCCCUGAACCGAGCGAUCAAACACGCUCGUUCAAAGCUGGCUCCGCGAUUUCUGCGAUAAUAAUCCUACUGGCACUGUCAACCACUCGGUAACACCACUUCGGAUAAUAUGAGCUUCUUCAAGAGAAAGAGCGAACAUCAUCGCGAUGAGAGUACAGAUAGCAAGACAGGACCUCAGUCAUACCCGCGAGAGUCCUUUCAGUCGGCGAGUAGACCAGCACCAAACGGACCUGGAGGCUAUAAUCAGAGACAGCCCCUGGAACCGUCCUCACGAAAUGCUUCUGGCAACCCGGACGGUCAGAUUCAGGCCGCUCCUGGCGUCAAUGGCGUUCGAGCGGCUCCAGACGCUCAUGCCGGACAGUACGAGCCCAACAUCCCACAAAAACCUCCACCCUUGAUCAGUCCCUCAUACCCGUGGUCAACUCGGCAGCUGGUCCUUUCCCCUAGCAAUGUCGUAGGGUCGCCACCAGGCGCGCUCGUGUCACCGUUUCCUAGAUAUGGCCAUUCCCUGCCUCCUGUGCCAACACAAUCUGGUCAUCUUCUCAUAUUUGGCGGGCUCGUCCGUGAAUCGGUCAGAAACGACUUGUUCGCGCUCGACUGUCAGGAUUUCUCGGCGGUGCCUGUACAAGCUACGGGCGAGAUACCGGUACCACGAGUCGGUCAUGCCAGCGCCCUUGUCCGGUCCGUGCUGCUCGUAUGGGGAGGCGACACCAAGAACAGGAUCGAGGACGAGCAAGAUGAGGGGAUCUACCUAUUCAAUAUACACACACGCGAAUGGACCCGGAUCAUGGCUCUGGGCGCCAGGCCAAAAGGCAGAUAUGGACAUGCUGUAUGCAUGAGUGGCAAUACGUUCUAUGUCUCGGGUGGACAGGUGGAUGGCAGAUUCAUGAACGAUCUAUGGGGUUUCGAUUUAAGCACUUUGAUGGUCGCGCCGACCUGGCACGUCGUACAGCCUGCCAAUAAAGCGCCCUCACCCCGGACGGGUCAUGUUCUGGUAACCUAUCAGGACAAACUUUACAUGUUUGGCGGGACAGACGGAGCAUUUCACUACAACGAUACGUGGUGUUUAGAUCUCGGCACACGUCUCUGGACUGAGCUACAGUGUAUCGGUUACAUCCCGGUGCCGCGGGAAGGCCACUCGGCCGCUCUCGUCGACGAUGUGAUGUAUGUCUUUGGCGGACGAGAUGUAGGAGGUAAAGAUCUGGGCGAUCUUGCUGCGUUCAAGUUUACAAAUCGUCGAUGGUAUACGUUCCAGAAUAUGGGACCAGCUCCUUCUGGAAGAAGUGGACACGCCAUGGCGGCCUUUGGCAAACAGAUCUUUGUGCUUGGAGGCGAUUCAAAUGCUGCAUUCGCGCAGACACGGACAGAGGAUCCGAACGUCAUCCACGUUCUUGACACUGCCAAGAUCAAGUAUCCUCCAGACCCGCCUCGAAACACUGCUCUGCCAGCACCGCAGAACACUGUGGAUCCACCAGAAAGUCAUAUCCGAGAGCCCGUCACGCGUGUUGUGGAUGAGGACCAAACUGAUCGUGGCGGUCCAGACCAGAGUUUGCCAUCGUUGAACGGGCCCGGCCCUGCGCCGAACUCCCCGGAUUCGUCGGGUCCCAACGAGUCGCGUCCGGAGUCUUUCCCUGUACAUCCGGACUCUCAGAACGCGGGCUUGUCAAGCAGCCACGACGCAGCUCGUACAGCGCCGCCUCCACCGGUACGCCCUCGCAGAGCGGAUGAUGACACUUUCACCCACGAUACGACAGUCAAUCGCUCGGUUUCGCCGUCUGGUCGCAUCCCGGAUAAGUCUGACGGGGAUGACGCUAGAUCCGGACCUUACAACGGAACAGGGGUCAACUUGCUGCCCAAUAGUCCUAUGGCCGGGGAUACUAAUAAGCGCUUCCAUGCCGGUCAGACAGCGAAAGAGCCGCCGGCAGAUGCCUUCUACUAUGGCUCUCGAUCUCCCACCGGAACCGUCUUCUCGACCCGCGGCGAAACGCCCGUUCAGCAGUACCCUCGCAAUAUCGAUACGCAUGAUUUGACACGAGUCGUGCGAGAAAAUACGGUGCUGCGCGCGGCAUUGGAGAAAGUCUCGGACGGCGAGUUCGGGGAAGCUGUCCCAGUCGCAUCAUCUUCGGAAGAGGAUUCAGCUAGCUCAGAAAUGCUGCUCGACCACAUACUGCAGCUGCAAGAGGAUUGCUCCCGAUUAAAGGUCGAGAUGGUCGAACGGGUCGAGAUUGCUUUCGAAGAGCUCGGUGAUGCUGAGCGUCAGAGGGAUGCGGCUUUGCAGGAGACUGCUUAUUUUAGAGCACGUCUGGCCAUCCUCGAGCACGAAAGUAGCGCCGAAUUGUCCGAGCUGGAUCGUGAAAAGAUCAUGGAAUUAGAAGAUCAUUUGGCAUCGACGCAACAGGGCAAACAGACGCUGGAAGCUCAAGUACGAGAACUGGAGACAACCCUUCAUCGCAUCACCGAUGAUCUCGAUACAUGGAAAGCUGAAGGUCACACUGCGUCGGAAAGAGCGCAACUAGCUGAGGAAGGGCAGGCGGAUCUGCGGCUGGAGCUAAACACGGCUCAGAACCGGACGAACCAAUUGGAGGUCCAACUCCGGGAGCAGAUGGCCGAGAACGCCGCCAAUACCUCGCUGCUGCAGCAGCGUGAUCUCGACAUCGAGAGUCAUAGGACACAACGGGAUGAUCUGCAUCAAGAACGCAGUGGGCAUCUGCUUGUCAUCGAAGAGAUCCGCUCGGCGCUGCAGGAUGCAGAACGGCGUAGUGAAGACCUGUCCUUCAAACACGAAUCGGCUGCAAGGCGCGCUCAGGAGCUGGAACAAGAGCUACAAAAGCUGCAGGUCGAGCUCGCUGAGCAGAAGCGCGCAGCCGACAAAGCCGUGGAACGCGCUGCCGAGGCGGACACGACCUUGCAGUCUACUAAAGGACAGGUCGAGCAUUACCGUUCUCUCACCGAACGCGGGCUCAGCCAGCUAUUCUCCGCUGAUCGCACUGCAGAAAGGUCGCUGGGGACUGACCGUGGCGAGCAUCCCGAAAAGUCUGCAGCUCUCGCCCAGGAAUGCGCUUCCCUGCGGAAGAUGCUCAACGAAGCAGGGGCGCAGAUCGAAGCAGCGCAGACAAACUUGAUGCGUCAUCGACAAGAUCUGCAAGAGUCAAGAUCGGCCACCGUCAAGCUGCAUAAUGAGUUGAGAGGCUGCCAGAAACAACGUAAUCUGGACUCAGAGACCAUCUCCCAGCUGCGCGCAAUGACCGCUUCUCGUAACGGGGAGCAUCAGAAACUCCGGGAGGAGAUAUCGCGCCUGCAAUCCCGCUGCGAUUUGCUUCGGCGCUUGCUGUCCGAUCACGGUAUUUCUGCGUCUGAUGAACAGGCAGAGCCAUUCUUGGUCAGCGCUUCAACAAGCGGUACACACACUCAAACACAGGAGCAAGCUCGAUCGCUUGAAGCUGCCAAGCUAGAGUUGGAGCAGCUACGGAAAUUAUUGAGGGAGAAACAGGGAGAUGAAGAUAGGCAGGAGCAAGCCUCAGCGAGCGGUAUGAAUGGACAUGGAAGUCAGCCUGCAGAUCCCGCAGCCAGACCCACGGAAGUUCGCGACCUUGAAAUGCGAAUGACAGAGAUGGAGCUGGCGCACAAGAAGAAGUUGCAGCAGGUCGAGGCGGAUUAUCAGACGGCAGUGAAAUAUGUCAAAGGAACCGAGAAAGUGUUCCGUCGGAUGAAGGACGAAUUGACUAAACAAAAGAGCGCGAAUGCUGCUCUGCAGUCCGAGCUUGAUGCCGCACAGGGUACUGAUGGAAGAGAGGCGGGAUCCAGGACCAGAUCUGCGUUGUCUGGCAGAGCUACUCCCACGACGGAUGGCGAAACGCCGCGCCAGCAACAGAGGCUUGCGUCACAGAACGCUGAGUUGCAAAGGCAACUGGAAGGACUACGCGAAGAGCUAAGCGCCCUAAGGGACGUCUGUGCUGGGCGCGAGAAGGAAGUCGAGAUCACCCGUAGACGGGCAGGCGAAGCGGAGGCGCAGUUGGAGCAAACGAGAAAGGAACUCGAGAGAUAUCAAGGCGAGGACACGGCCGCGCGGACGAUGGCAGAAGUCGAACAGGAGAAUGCAGAUUUACGACAGGAAAACGAGACUCUGAAUCAUCAAGUGAUGCUGCUACUAGCCGACGAUGAUACGACUUCACCAAGACCGCGAUCCGACGUCGACUUUGCCAAAUAUAAUCGUCGCAGAUCAACAUCGUCUACGCAAGGCUCCGACGAGCAGAGUAGGAUUCUCGGCGGGGAGUCGCGAACAUUCCCUUCGUUGCACUCGCAAUAGACGCCUGUACUAUAUCUGUGAAGUAUUGCCCACCGUGUUUUACGAAGUAUUUAUGAUGACGAAGGCAAUGUCCGUGGCGCU